ACGGGAUCUCUGUGCAGCUCUGAUAUAAAGCAAUUUAAACCAAGUGUUUUUCCUGGGACACUAUACAUUUAAAUGAAAGGGGAAUAUAUUACUGGGAGUGCACAUGUGCAGAAAUAAGCCGACGUGUUAUAAAUAAAGUUCAGUUGAGGAAGUGACCUGCAGGUGACCCAGGUCCAAAUAUACAUUUGUGACAUGAAGAUUAAGAGAGUUGUGUUGGCAUCAAGGCCUGGAAAUGAUAGGGAACCGGUCAAAGAGAACUUCCGUCUAGAAGAACUGACCGUCUCCGAGGAGCUUACAGAGGGAAAGGUCUUGGCUCGAACACUAUUUCUGUCUGUGGAUCCCUAUCUGCGCUGCCGUAUGAAUGAAGACACGGGCACUGAUUAUAUUGGGCCAUGGAAGAUCUCAGAAGUUCUUGACAGCGGUGGGAUUGGGGUUGUAGAGGAGAGCAGGACAAGCAAGUUUGCUGCAGGAGAUUUCAUCACAAGCUUUAAUUGGCCUUGGCAGACAAAGUCUAUUCUGAAUGGCGAAUCUCUGAUUAAACUGGACCCCAGUCUUGUGGAUGGGCAUCUCUCCCACUUUUUAGGAGCUGUUGGUUUGACUGGCCUCACCGCAUUGAUUGGUGUAAAGGAGAAAGGCCAUGUGAUCCCUGGAGCCAAUCAGACUAUGGUUGUUAGUGGUGCUGCUGGGGCUUGUGGUUCAUUGGCUGGUCAGAUUGGACGCCUUCUCGGCUGUUCUCACAUUGUGGGAAUAUGCGGCACAGAACAGAAGUGCAAACUGUUGGUUUCUGAUCUGGGCUUUGACAACGCAGUGAACUACAAGGAACGUGGCCUGGCAGAAAAACUGAGAGCUUGCUGUCCGAAUGGUGUGGACGUUUACUUUGAUAAUGUUGGUGGAGAGAUAAGUGAUACCGUCGUCUGUCAGAUGAACCAGAACAGCCAUAUCAUUUUAUGUGGGCAGAUCUCCCAGUACAAUAAGGAUGUACCUUAUCCACCACCUCUCCAAGCGGAAACAGCAACUUUCCUGAAGCAAAACAAUAUUACAAGGGAAAGAUUUAUGGUCCUGAAUUAUGCAGACCAACAUGAAUCUGCCAUUGUGCAACUCAGUCACUGGAUCAAAACAGGCAAACUAAAGGUUAAAGAAACACUACUACACGGACUGGAGAAUACUGCAAGUGCAUUUCUCUCCAUGAUGGCCGGGGGAAACGUCGGAAAGCAGAUUGUACAAGUGUCUGAAUAACGCUUUAUCCUUAUAAGAUUAUUUUCUGUUCUUUCUAGUGGCUCUGUGUGUACACAAAUAGAUUAUGAAUUAAUAAAGAUGUUAA